CGCCCCCUGAGAGAAAACAUCCCCGGCGAGAGGGAUGGCAGCUCGCCCCCGUCCGAGCCGGACGGCGCGUGAGACUGUCUCGGACAUCGUUGCGUCGUAGAGGGGGAGGAAGCGUGAAGGAGGCGAUCGACGACGUGAAGCGCGAAGCCGAGCGUUGCCGCCCUGUGAAGCUCGCCGCGAAGCGUGGACGGCGCUGCGCGCUCGCGGUGUGACUGUGACGAUCGACGACGCCCCGGACGGACGGCGACACGACACCGAGCUACGGUGGCCCGAGGGUGCAACAAGCACCCACCGUCCGUGCCGGGCAAACAUGAGCGAACACCCGAACUCGCGGCUGGUUGCGAGGCUCGACCUGUGCGUCGCGAAUCGCGCCGAGUUCGCCGGAACGGGUGAGUAGAGGAUCCCGUUCACGAGGUUGAUGAGGUCUCGACGUCCCGGAUGAUGAGCCUCCCGCAGUUAAGUUCUCGCCUGGCUUGCUCGCCGAGAGGCCGAAUUUAAGACGAAGAUUUAAAAGGGCGAAAGCUCUCUGGACGCUACGGAGAUGAUAUGAAGGUUAAUUCCGCGAAUUCGCUGUGAUAGCUUUUAUUUGUCGCGAAUGAGUAUUGUGAUUUUCGUACUAUGGCACUGAUGACGCGCAGUAGGAACGUGAUGAGGAAGAUGUACGUCGGAAAGCAAAGGACAUGGCACACCUGUAGAUACGAAAUGCCGGACUAGCGCGAGCGAAGCGAGCGGCCGACCAGUAGAGGCAGAGCAAGCGAGAAGCAGAGCAAAGUAGUGAAGAGAGAUUAGAGAGCAAGCACGUAGAGCGAGGGAGAGAGAAGGAGUGAACGAUAGAGAGAAAAAAAAGGGGUAUCCCGUCGCUGAAAAUUUGCGUGGCGCAAAAAUUAGCAGAGAGAAUGAGUCACGCUCAACAGCAUGUGCUUGCGAGCGCGAUAGUCCUCGCGCUGCUAGUGGUAUUCGGCAUCCACGUCUUCCUGUUUCCCAUGUACACGUCGACCCCGCCGACGCGUCACAUGAAGAUCUCCACGUACGAGCAGGGGCUCUGUCGCGCGAACCUGAAGAACAACGCCCGCGUACCGACGUCGGAAUUGCGCAACAAUCCCUACCCGUGUCCGAAAUACGGCAUAGUCUCGGCGGUGCAGGGCGGUAGACUGGGCAACCAGAUCUGGGAGUACAUCUCCGUGUGGGCGACCGCCCGGAGAACCGGCCUAGAGCCAUUCAUGCCGCGCUGUAUUCUCAAGACCCUGGAGGAGCACUUCGAGAACCUCAGCAUCCCGCCGCUUAGCUACAUAGGCAGGUGCAUCCUGGACGUCGGCCAGGUGGUUAAUUCGCUCAGUCAGUGGAACAGUACGGAGCAAAAUAUCAUUAUACCCAGGCAUGCGGCUUAUUGGUCUUUGAUACUGGUUUGGCUGGACGACGUACGGCGGGAGUUUACGUUCAAACCGAAUCUAAGGAUUUACUCGGAGAAAGUGUUGAAACGCGUGGCGGAAAAAUUCAAUCUAUCCUCGCCGACCUACGUCAGCGUGCACGUGCGCAGGACCGAUUACGUGGAUUAUCUUUGGCAGAAGUUGAAAACGCGGCCGGCGCCGGUAAGUUACUACCUGUCGGCGAUGGAUUACUUCGCCGACAAGUACAGCAACGUGGUCUUCGUGGUGACGAGCGAUAAUAUCGCCUGGUGUAAGUAUUACUUGCACAGUAAACGCCACCGCAUCAGCUUCGUGUCGGAAAACGACGGUAAAGGCCCGGGGAAAGAUCUGGCGGUCUUGUCCGCGUGUAAUCACAGCAUAAUAGAUUACGGUACCUACGGCUCCUUCGGGGCCAUUCUGGCCGCCGGCGAAACUGUGGUUUACAAUGUAACAACAUACUUUUCUACGUUGAUCGCUGACGUUCUGCCAAAUUGGAGGAUAAUGAGUUGAAUGAGAAAAUCAAAUAAUCCAUAAAGCUAACAGAACGCAUUUAUGUUACAUCGUAUGCGCACUUUUUUUUGUAAUAUGUAAUCUUUUCGAAAGACGAUAAAUUAUUCUUGGAAACAUUUAAUUAAUUUAUAACGAGAGAGAAUUUCCAUAAACUUACGGUUCCUUUUCAAUACCGGUAAAGUACAAAAUUUGCAAUUUAACGUUUAAAAUUAAUUAACACAAUUCUUAUCAGAUCGCAGACCAAGUGUGUACAAGCCACACAUAUAAUCAUUGUAUAUUUACAUCCGCUAUCUAUGCAAGUAUGGUAAUUUUGAACUACUUGAAAGUGUAUCUUGCCUUUUCCCUAUCUAGAUAAUAUAUAUGCUCAUAUAUUUUCCUUUUAUUUAUCGUACAUGCGUAAGUAUCUCGCUAGUAGUAAAAUUAAAUGAAAGUGUGUUGCUACAUCACGUCAAAUUUUAUAUGUAUAAAUGCGUCGUACUGCUUAACCGUAUUAAGCAUAUAUAUAUUACGCUCUCAUUUAAAUUUAGUGUGCGCACACAAGCUAGAGAUCGAUGCACCUGUAAACGUAGCGAGCGAA